UAUCUGUCAUAUUUUCCUCCUAGCAUCAAGAUUUGAUGAAAAAUUUGAAUUGAUUCUCGGGUCCGAGAAUGGAGGAGGGUAGUCUGAGUCAAAGUGGAGAAGAACCCAAAUCAUGGGAUGAGCUUUACAAUGUCAAUCUGAUGCCUUCAGAGAUUUUUCUCAAGUUCAGAAAAGAAAUUGAGGGCUAUCGAGUUGGUGUUAACUUGGAGUUUUACAAUGCCCCAUACAAUGAAUAUCUGGCUAAGCUGGUCUUAAAACCUUUAGCCCCUGAGCGGAGAUGGAAGUUCAUAUAUGAGCCUUUGCAUCAUGAAGUCCGCCUUCUUUCCAAGAAGAUCCCGGUGACAAAAUUUCUAAAUCUUCAGGUUGGUGUAGGCCAUAGCUUUCAGUCGCAGGCAACUGGUUGGAAAUGGAAGCUCACGACUUGUUUCGGCGGAGAUGGUAUCUCCAGCAUCCGGAAUAAAACAUCUCUUGGAUUAUGUCCUGGUGUGGAUUUCCGUUUUGGAUGGAAAGCAGAUUAUGUAUUUCCAGAAGUUACUGGGGCUUUAGGCACUGGUGAACCGUUGUUCAAUAUGAAUUCUGGACGACUACAAGCGUCACUGGAUAGAGUGGAGGCCAUCUUUUCCCAAUAAGCACAGUCCAUUCUUGGGCAUGUUAUUGAUGAUAUUGACAUUUCCCAACAAAUUAUCGACCUCCUAAAAAAUGUUGAAGAAAUGAGCUAGGGAGAGUUGGCUGACCACAGUUGCGGAAGAGUACCAAAGGAAGGAGGCAGAGCCGGAACCAGGAUUUUUAGGCUCAUGACACAUAUUUCUUAUUCUUCUUGCUAGAUCUAAGAAGUCUAUCAAUGAAUUAG